UAAAAAACUGAACUAGGAUCUUCCAUUCAUUUUCAAAUUCUUUCCCAAGAAAUAAAUCAUUUACUCCCAGAAGUAUUUCCUGAUAGCCAAUCACCAAAAGAAAAAUUACUCACUCUCUCACAUUAUAAAUUCCGCAGCACCCAAUCAAUAAACUCGUCUUCUUUUUCUAUAUCUUUCCAUCAAUUCUUCUUCUUAGUUCCUCAUUCUUGAUUCUUGAUUCUUAAAAGAUUCAUAUAUAUCCUAAAUACCCAUCAAAGACUCUUCAAGAAAAAGAGAAAUGAAAAAACAAGAAGCAGUUAUUACUUAUACUUUAUUCUUGUUUGUUCUUGGCGUGGGUCUAAGUAGAGCCAGUAAUGGUAUCGGAGUGAACUGGGGAACCAUGACUACGCGCCUACUGGACCCGGAAAAAGUUGUGCAUAUGUUGAAACAAAAUGGGUUUCGAAAAUUGAAAUUGUUUGACGCUGAUGAAAGAAUCAUGGCAGCUUUAAUUGGAAGCGACAUUGAAGUGAUGCUGGCGAUACCCAAUAACAUGUUGCAUCAGAUGAGUGCAGAUCCUGAUUCUGCUGCUUCUUGGGUUGAUUCUAAUGUUACUACUUGGAUGUAUGAUGGUGGAGUCAAUAUCAAGUAUGUUGCAGUAGGAAAUGAACCCUUUCUUCAAGCAUAUAACGGCUCCUAUCUACAAGUCACAUUACCAGCUCUCAGAAAUAUCCAGCAAGCUCUCACCCAUGCAAAUCUUUACUCUCGGGUCAAAGUUACAGUACCAUUCAACGCCGACAUCUACUACUCUCCAGAUUCAAAUCCAGUUCCAUCCGCCGGCGAUUUUCGACCCGAACUCGCCGAUCCCACCAUAGAAAUCAUCCAGUUUCUCCAUUCAAACGACGCUCCGUUCACUGUCAAUAUCUACCCGUUCUUGAGCCUCUACGGAAAUGCUUAUUUCCCAUUAGAUUUCGCAUUCUUUGAAGGAACAAACAAGCCGGUCAAAGACGGACAUUUGAGCUAUCAGAAUGUGUUCGAUGCAAAUUUCGACACUCUGGUUUGGGCGUUAAACAAAGCAGGUUAUCCCGAAAUGAAGAUCAUAAUCGGAGAAGUCGGUUGGCCAACGGACGGUGAUAAACACGCUAAUCUCCCAUUAGCUCAGAAAUUCAAUCAAGGAUUAAUCCAACACGUUCUCACCGGAAAAGGAACGCCGGCGAGAAAAGGUAAAAUCGAAGCUUAUCUGUUCAGUCUCAUGGACGAGAAUUCAAAAAGCAUUGCUCCGGGCAGCUUUGAACGACACUGGGGAAUCUUCGAAUACGACGGUAAACCUAAAUAUAGUUUGGAUUUAUCAGGAUUCAAACACGAUAAAGGACUAAUUCCAGUUGACGGAGUCAGAUACAUGGUGAGGAAGUGGUGCGUUUUAGACGCGGAAGAGUUAGAAAAUGAUUUAACGGAGUUAUUGGCGGAGAGCGUUACCUACGCUUGUAGUUUAUCGGAUUGUACGGCGUUAGGGUUUGGAUCGUCGUGUAAUCAUCUGAGCGUUGAAGGGAAUGCUUCGUAUGCGUUUAAUAUGUAUUAUCAGGUGAAUGAUCAGAAGGAUUGGAGCUGUGAUUUCUCUGGUUUGGCGAUGGUUUCCGAUAAAGAUCCGUCAGAGGGGGACUGUGAAUUUCCGAUUAUGAUUGCGUAUGCUUACUCGUUGGCGAUUGGUUUUGAUUUGUUGGUGAGAAUUGUAGUAGGUUGUUUGGUGUUCUUGGUGUUGCUGUAA